AUGUUCCUGCCACCUAGACCAGACUACAACAUGUUCCUGCCACCUAGACCAGACUACAACACACUCCUGCCACCUAGACCAGACUACAACAUGUUCCUGCCACCUAGACCAGACUACAACACACUCCUGCCACCUAGACCAGACUACAACACACUCCUGCCACCUAGACCAGACUACAACACACUCCUGCCACCUAGACCAGACUACAACACACUCCUGCCACCAAGACCAGACUACAACAAACUCCUGCCACCUAGACCAGACUACAACACACUCAUGCCACCAAGACCAGACUACAACACACUCCUGCCACCAAGACCAGACUACAACACACUCCUGCCACCUAGACCAGACUACAACAAACUCCUGCAACCUAGACCAGACCACAACACACUCCUGCCACGUAGACCAGACUACAACAUGUUCCUGCCACCUAGACCAGACUACAACACGUUCCUGCCACCUAGACCAGACUACAAGACACACUCCUGCCACAUAGACCAGAAUACAACAUGUUCCUGCCACCUAGACCAGACUAGAAGACACACACUCUACUACAACACACUCCUGCCACCUAGACCAGACUACAACAUGUUCCUGCCACCUAGACCAGACUACAACACGUUCCUGCCACCUAGACCAGACUACAACACACUCCUGCCACCUAGACCAGACUACGACACACUCCUGCCACCUAGACCAGACUACAACAUGUUCCUGCCACCUAGACCAGACUAG